CCGGCCACGGCGGUGCAGCAGCGCGGAGCGGAGCCCGGGCCCCCGCUGCCCUCCCGGACCCAGGUGGAGGCUCGUGUCUUUCUGAACUCACCAGCAUUUGGAAGCUAUUCUUGUCAAAUCAUCCUGUGAGUGGGCAGUCGGGAGUUGGUGCCACUGAACUUUUCACUUGGGAAAAUGCAUCGAAACAGCGGCUUUGCCAGAACAUGGCUGAGAGUGACCUUUGCCUGUACUCUAAUGGGCUCCAAUGCAUGACUUCAUUACCAUGGUGAUGAUCUUAACCAAAACUCUGGAAAACAAAGGUGCUGAAUCUGUAACAUGCAGGACUGAGCUGCACACCCCAAAGAUGAGUCAAGGACCUACUCUCUUCUCUUGUGGAAUUAUGGAAAAUGACAGAUGGAGAGAUCUCAGCAGGAAAUGUCCACUGCAGAUUGAGCAACCUAGCAGCAACAUCUGGGACUGCCUGCCUGAUAAAAACGAAGAAGGCUCUAUAUGGCAAAGAGAUACAGUUAACACAUGUUCAGUGACCAACUUGAUUAAAGACCUCAGUCUUAGUGACCACAAUGGUAACCCCUCAGCACCUCCCAGCAAACGCCAAUGCAGGUCACUUUCUUUUUCUGAUGAAAUGUCCAGCUGCAGGACAUCCUGGAGGCCUUUAGGGUCAAAGGUCUGGACUCCAGUAGAAAAGAGACGGUGUUAUAGUGGGGGAAGUGUCCAACGCUACUCCAAUGGCUUCAGCACAAUGCAGAGGAGUUCUAGUUUUAGCCUACCUUCAAGGUCAAACAUACUAUCCUCAUCAUAUGACCAGUCUGGAUUUAGCAGCAGAUAUGGGUGUCAGCCAUGCCAGGGGAUGAGGAAAUCUGCCAUCUAUGGACAAGCAGGUGACAUCUGGGGUAAUGACCACAGUUCUGUAGAGAGCAGCAGGGUUGAAAUGCAGCGGUCCCUCUCCUGCUCACACGAUCAGUUUUCCUCUUCGGAAUAUUGUCCACCCUCAGCAAAAAGCACACCUGCCUCAACACCAGAGCUGAUGAGACGCUCCAACGGGCUGUCCCGCAGCCGAUCUCAGCCAUGUGUCCUUAACGACAAGAAGGUUGGAGUUAAACGACGACGGCCUGAGGAGGUUCAGGAACAAAGGCCUUCACUGGACCUUGCCAAGAUGACCCAGAAUCGUCAAACUUUUAACAGCCUUAGCUGCCUUAGCACCACGCUGGAUGAUUGCGCUCUGCAGACCCAGUUUGGCCCUAGUGUCAAUAGCACCAAGUCAUGGACAACAUCUCCUUCCUCCUCGGAUGUCAUGCCGGGCAGGACACCAGCCUGCACGCCUGUGCCGGAGCCUUGCUCAAAUGCAGAAGAAUGUAGAGCUAGCAAAGAAGACCUCUCUUGUGAGGAGUCAGACUACUGCACCACGGAAGAGGAGAGCAGUAGGAAAGAAGAGGAACGGGCUUCCUGGAGGAGCAGCGGGACAGGAGGGGAGAAUGUCUUUCAGCUAGACGGCGAAUUAGACAUUGAGCAAAUAGAAAACAACUGAGGGAGCGUUGUUUUGUGUCAGGGUUUUGGGAUGUGAAUUUACAACAGGGAGCAGUAAAAUCUCCCAGGUUUAAUACUUGGUUUAUACUGUACUUAGGCAUAAAAAUAAAUCAAUGUUGUCCUCCUAUCAGCGAUCAGGAGACAAAAGCAGCCUUGCCAAAAUUUCAUCAGGUAUUUAGAGCAAUGUUUUGUAAACCUUGAAAUCCUAUGUAACUACUGUAGCCAGAUAUCAGCCAGUUUGAUACCAUUGCCCACGCGGCUUUGGAAACAAGCGUUCUGAAUCUCCAAACUGCAUUUAUUUUUUUGGCCUCUGUCAUUAAGUAAACAGCUUUUUAUAAAUUAGAAAUUGCAGCUUGUGGAGAAACUGCAAUUUUUCA